AUGAUAGAGGCCAUUGCUGAGCAGUCUAUUGAGAUCUUAAUCUCACUAGAUAGCACCGGCAAGGCUGUUUCAACACUUAAUCUCAUGCCGCUUACGAGCAUCUUAGUAGGAUUUCGGGGAGCUAUCCACUUAGAUACGAUGUAUGUAUUAGAACCAAUGUACAAUUUUGUUCAGAUCUCUUGUUUCUCCUCGUCUAGAACAGAAAAGCAAAGCUCCCAUAGUAGUGUGUCGACGUUCAGCAUAGACGUCCAGUUAGAGGCCUACAGUCGAUUUCUAUAG